GAUUUUGUCGAUUGGAUCGUAUGGACGGGCGGGGGAAACGGAGUUUGAUCUUUGGCGUUAUUACACGGAGUAUACCCUUUUCAAAGGCUCUGGAAAAUAGAACCGAAUCUUUAAUUUCAUCAUCAUGGUGGUGGUGGUGCUGCUGCUCCUAGUUGUCAAUUUGCCCAGGAGAUCCAUCAUCCCUCCCUUGAUGCAAAGAGAUGACACCGCGGAAACAACCAAGACACAAAGACAGAUGGACCAUCUGCCAUCUGGACACCUGACGCCAAACACCCACCCAAGACUACGUUGGAAUGCGGCAGGUCCCGCAAUCAAACACCAUAGCACCCGUGACAGAACCAGUCCACGCCCUCGAGAGUCAAAACAUGACAUGGAAUGCGGGGCAGGGACCAUGUCUCAACACAAAUGCAGAUGUGUCAAAUGCUUUGUUUUCAUUCUUUUUUGCACGAAAUUCUGUUUGAUUGUUUCUCGAGCCCUUUGGGUCCGCCAAGGAACUGUGCUAACAUUUCAGGUUUUACCCCAUCGUGAUGAUGGCCUGUUUUCUUCCGCUUCCGCUUUCUCCUCUUCCCCCUCCUCCGCUACACCUCCUCUGUUGCUACCCCGAGGCCACGAUGUUUCUCAGUGUGCCUCCCGUUCUAUUGUCCCCUUCUGUCCCAAAAAUUAAAGAUCGGCGCUGUUGGCCGCGCAAGAGUCUAUGUGUCGUUGUGUCGAUCGAUUGUGUUGUGCUGUUGCCCACCAGUUUUGUAUGCAAGGAGUGAAUAAAGACCGUUAAAAUGUCGUGAGUAAGUGAUGCUGAUGUGUAUGUGUGUAUGUGU